CGUCUCUUGUGGACGACAAGAGGGAGUGUGUGAUGCGUGCCGAGGUGGAGAAGGAGAUGAGUGCUCUGGUACUGUCUCUGUCUGAGACGAUCGGUGCCGAGGUGGACAUCGAUGACGACAUGCUCGAGUAUUUGGUAGAGUUCGUGAUGGAGCGAUGCUCGCAGCCCGACGAGCUCGAUGAGGACGAGGCUGUCGAUGACCUCCGCAUCAUGCUCGAGGGAUACAUCGGUGACGAGCUCGAGGCGGCGGCAGCGUCGCUGCCGGCGGCUUGGAAGACGCUGGUGGCGGCGGCGGCGGAGCCUGCUCCCGACGACGCCAGCGACUUUUGGGGAAGCGACGACGAAUGCGCUGCUGCGUCGCCGUCGCCUCCCGCCGAAGCGGCGGCGGUGCGCCCGGCGUCGCCGUCGGCAUCGUCGGACGCAAGCUGCGAGAGCGGCAAGGAGAACGCGGGCGCAGUUGCCGAGGACCCAGGGACUGCUCUGCUGGCACAGGUCUUCCCCGACGCCGACCGGCGGUGGCUGGACGAGAUGGUGCAUGCGCACGACGGCGAUGUGGCUGCGGCUGCGGACGCUGUCCAGCUUGCGCGCGAGCUCGAGGCCGCAGGCUGCGAUGUGCGGCAUGUGCGGCCCAAGGGGAGCAAGGCCGGCGGGCGUAGGGCCAACAAGGACGCGACGCGGGGAUCGGCGACCGCCAGCAGCUCGCCGGCGCCGGCCCUCGACUCGGCGCUCAAGUCCAAGAUCGCGGCGCAGUACAUGGUCCGCGACGAGGAGUUUGUGGGCCGCAAGUCGAUGCACGAGCUGUCCAAGGCCGACAGGGCAGCGUACAAGACCCGGCUUUCGGGCAUCGCCACCGCCAUCCCGGACCAGGACAAGAACCGUCCCAGGAUCCGGUACCGCGACGGCAAGGUGGCGUCGACCAAGGGCGAAAAGUACAUUGUCGUCACCGAACCCGAGCCCGAGUGCAUGAAGGCCACGUACGUCUCGCUCAAGAAGGUCCGCAAAGGCAAGCGUGGGCCAUCGCCGUUUGCAGGUGGCGGGAGCAAGGGCAAGAAGGGCCCGGUCUCGUCCAAGUCUGCCGCCGGCAAGAAGGGCAAGCGCAAGUGAGGGGAGAGAGAGGGAGAGAAAGUACACGCAUCGGACUUGGCA